GUUAUCUCCGUCUUUCCAAUGCCGUCUCGAUCGGAUCAUCCCACAGCUCUCCCUCGCGAUACCAUAUCUCCACGACCUUCGCGGCAGACCCAUGGGGCUACUUGAGUCGGCGUUGAAGUGAUCCGCACCCCUCCUUCGGCCGCGGCGUGGCUUUAGUCAACGUCGUCGCAUCCCUACCGCCAUUCGAGUUCGAGAUGAUGCGAUCAAGAGACCCUCGGGUCCGCCAGAGGAUCAAUCAAAUCUCUCACAACCUCGAAUCCGCGAAUGAGACGGCUCAGGAGGGUCUUUAUACCUUCUCCCAUAAUUACCUGGUCCCGUGUUUUGCAGCGAUUGGAAACUGCGUCUACGCGUGCACUGCGCCUUGUCUACCCAGCCGCGAAGACCAGCUUCGACGUCGCCGACGCGGUCGUGCAGAGGCGAAUUUCGACUUCUACGAUGACUGGGAUAAUGAUGAAUCGAAUGAUGGGCUUCUCGGAUGGGGAACAGACGAGCUUGAUCGCUUGUUGGCAGGGAGUGGUUUGGCUCGUGGUAGCUCAGAACAGCCUCGAAGGCAACGAAAAAUGAGUUAUGGCGCUCGACGCACCAGGAAAAAGAGCACUGCUAUAGUUAAUGACGAUCGAAAUGACCCAACUGUUAUUCCAAGCUCCUCAUUUUUGGGCUUCCUGGAGCGGCUCCCGUGGAGAUUCGGCGCACGGGGCCUCAAAUACCGCCCGUCGGCGGCAGACCUUCAAGAACACCCUGCAGGACUGCUGCGACGGCAUGACCACGAGAAUGAACCUCUCAUAGAAGAAACUGAAGAAAGUGAGGGUCAAUGUUCUGGAAGAAAUGGGAGAUACAGGAGUUCGACACAAUCUUCCCGGGACACGAUCAAUUCCUUGAGCUCACGGGGAGAUUUGAUCCCCAGCGACGAGGAAGAGGACGCAGUUCCCUUGAGUGACGAAUUUGCUCUUGCUCUUGCAAGUCGUCGAGGAACGGGGUUGGAUUCGAUUGACCUUAUAGGUGACAAGCCUUCAAGUAUGAGGUCAGUGUCUGGAACAUUUAGUCUAAGGACAACUGCCUCUUCCAAGGAGUUGAAGCAGAAAAAGAAAAAGAGAAGUAGCCGGCUGCGAUCUCCGCAAGGGUCAUACGUAGAGGUCACUCAAGAAGUCAGCACACCUACCUUGGCCGACCUCAAAAAGGAAGAGGACCAAGCUGAGCUCCGAGAAGAAUCAGAAGUUGCGAGGAGAAGGCUUAUCGCGCAACAACUGGCCUCUUCUCGUGGCCUAGAUCAAACCAAAGACGAGGUGUCACAUUCACAACCUCUGUCGCCACAACCGCAGACUGUUUCUUCAGACACUACUCACCAUGAGUCCCCUGACACCCCUCUAGACUCAGCUGUAAAAGACGGCACUACUCAGAGUCAAGUCACUCAACCCUUGCGGAACCCACGUUCUCCCGGAGAUGAUUCACAAACAGAACCAUUUCCGCCAUUUCCUUCCACUCCUGACUUCCACGAAGUCGGUUUUCCAUACCAGCACGGCUAUUUUCAAAACCGGAGCAAUGAUCCGAGUUCAUCUGGACCGGCGGACCCAUCAAGAACCCACGAAGAUAGGGCCUCUGAAGGCACCGGUGGAGAUUAGCCUUGUUAAAGAGAGAGCUGCUGUUGCGAUUUUAGGUUUGCGGGUCAAACCUCAACCAUCUAGUUCAUAUUUCCCUGGGAGUUUCUAAGAUAUGGGGACACACGGCUGUUUCCUAUCUUUCCCGGUGACUUCUGGACUGUAUAUUAUUAUGAUAUGACUCACGAAACUUGAAUAUAUACCCUAUUUUGAGAAUG